UGACUGCGCUAUCCUAUCAUGCCAACUCAGUGCUUGAGUCCCGGCCGAUGUGAGGCUUUGGGUCAGGUUCUGAACCCUUGUCAACAAUGUCGGACCAUCUGCCUUCUCCUCUGCUCGAGGCCUGUGUGGUGGUGGGAGCGUCCACCGAGAAACUGCGCGAGCUCUGCCAGGCUGUGAACCGUCACAGAAGUCUGGAGCGCGUCUUUUUGGAGCCCGAGGUCCUGCACGUCCUCGCCCCUCCCUUUGUCAGCGGCUCGCAAGCGGCGAGGUCGCAUGGGAGGAGGCAUCGCCCCUUGCUGAGGAAGAAGAGGAAGCGGUCGUCUUUAUCCACCGCGUCACCUGGCCGAGCCCGUCACAGUUGUGCAGGUGAAGAUGCGGCAAAUGGUAGAAAAGACAGUGAAGACGCCGCAGUUCCCAAAGACAUCGACCUCACGGCUUUGCCUCAACUCUGCUUCCCUGGUGGGCUCCAAGUGACCAACGUAAAGGCAGAGGAGCAGUUCCACUUCCUGGUUUUCACAGACGUCUUUGGCAAAAAGUCCCAUGGAGUAGUAGCGCAGUGUUGGCGACCGAUCCAGGAGUUGACGUCGUCCAGUCAGAAUGGAGCUGGCUCCAAACUAUUCUGUCCCUACAGUUUUUGUGUGAUCUCCAAGUAUCCGUACUUCACUGCGCUAAAAGACUGUCUGUCAUGUCUUCUAAUGGAGCUCCGAGCUUGUCGCUUUUCGGACGUUGAGGAGAAGGUGAAAGAGUUUGCAGCCAAAUUGGUGCUGGUGCCCAUCCCGCCUCCCGGACAACUCCACUUGAUGUUUACUUUGCAUCCUCUGAUGAUCGAAUUGCCAUCCAGAGAAGACAAAGAUUACCCAGCUGUAGAUUUAGACCUUCACGUGCCUUUCCUCUGCUUCCGUCCGCAUCAGCUCCUGCAGGUGUUGUCUUGCCUCCUCCAAGAGCAAAGAGUCGUCCUCUUCUCCGCCAGCUGCGCCCGACUGACGCUGGUGGCUGAGAGCUUGCUGCUUUUCCUGCAGCCCCUCUCGUGGCAACAUCCUUACGUUCCCGUCCUGGCCAGAGGCAUGCUGGACUUCCUCAUGGCGCCCACCGCCUUCCUCAUGGGCUGCCACCUCUGCCAUUUUGAAGAAGUUGCGGCGGAAACAGAUGAUCUGAUCCUCAUCAACAUUGAUGAAGGAUGUGUGUCCACUUCCUGUUCGGAGACUGUUGACCUACCAGAGAUCCCCCCGCUUGCAGCUGACUGUUUCACGCAGAGGUGUCAAUCUCUGAAGAUCCAUUUUGACCUGGAGCAGUGCAAGCGUGUGAGCUGCACCGACAUCGAGGUUCAACGCGCCCGGAGACGAGCGUGGCAGCGCAAUCUGAACCGUGACAUUCAGAGCAUCACCACCGAACUCAUUGUCAACAUAUUCCGAGAUGUGAGCAGGCACUUGAACUAUGAACACCGAGUGUUUAACGGUGAAGAGUUCCUGAAAAGCAGAGAACUAGCGGAACAACUUUUCUACAAAAAUGUUUUGGAGACACACAUCUUCCAUUCUUUCCUCAGGGAUCGUCUCAACAGGAAGAUGGACAACUUUGCUCGCAUGGAACUCAGCACUCGAUCUGAGAUGCAAAAGAUGAAGGCAUCACUGGAAAUCCCACGCAGGCCCACCAUGCAGGAGAUCCAAGAUCGGAGAAAGAGCUCCCUCCCCGAGAACAAGCUGAUUCCUCGACAGGGAAUGAGCCUUCCCACCCUAAGCGACCAAGAGCAAACCGUUCACUUUCAAAGAAGUUCACUAGUGACCAGAAUCAUCAUGUGUGAACCUGCAGCGAGGUUGCCUCCCAAACCCGUGACGGUUUUCAAGCUCCCAGAAUUUCCCGAUUGUCUGUCCUUUCACGCUGUUCAAAGUUAUUACUUUGAGCUGAUCCGGCUUCUUGGCAAGGCAAUCGACUCGGUCCAAAGUGAAAACUCUACUCUACUAGCCAGAUACUACUACCUGCGUGGUUUUACCAAUCUGCUGUGCUCGCGGCGCCUCAACGCUCUGGCCAACUUCCAGACUCUCCACAAGACCGACACGGCCAUCUUCCCCACGCGAGUGGUCACGUGGCUGGUGGACUCGCUCAUACAGGAAGAGCAGCAGCAAGCCAACAGAUGGCCCGAGCUCAAAAGACUUAUCCUCAAGGUGAAGACGGAAAACGAGAAACCGUCGGCGCGACUCGAUGACGACUUCAAGAAGUUCGAACUGCCUCGGAAGCAUCUGGAUCGAGGGGAAUUUGUGCGUUGCAUCCAGGAGGGCGGAAUCCUUAAGGACGUGGCGACCAUACAUCGCCUAUUCGACGCGCUCUCUGCCAGUGAGUCAAAGCAAGUGGACCCCGAGAUCUUCAAAGGGUUCUACACCUUCUGGAAGGAAACCGAGGCCGAGGCUCAAGACGUCAACUUCCCCGCUGAGGUCAUUGAGCACCUGGACCACAGCGAGUGCGUCUACAAGGUGUCGUCCUGCGUCAAGACCUCUCGCGGCGUCGGUAAAAUCGCCAUGACCCAGAAGCGUCUCUUCUUACUCCCAGAGGGUCGGCCGGGCUUCCAGGAAAUCACCAUGUUCAGAGAUAUACAGGAGGUAAAGGUCGCUUCGGCUCCUUUUCUCCCGCUGCGGAUUCCUUCUCUGCGUAUCCGAACUUCCGGCAAGCUGGAGGCGUUCGAGGCCAACCUGAAAACAGAAACCGCUCUCUGGAAUCUUGUGGUCAAGGAGAUGUGGGCCGGGCGCAAGAUGGCCGACCAGCAUAAGUACCCUCAGUACAUGACUCAGGCUCUGACCAAUGUGCUGCUGAUGGAUGCCGUGGUGGGGGUUCUGCGCAGCCAAAGGUCAAUCUGUGCUGCCUCGAAGCUCGCCUAUUUCGACAAGAUCAAACAUGAAGUGCCCAUGAUGGUGCCGAAAACUACAUCCGAAAUGCUAAAACACAAAAUUAACCCAUCGUUGGACCUGGCAGAGCCGCAGACUGUCCGCAUGCUGCUCUACACUCCAGGUCAGUUGACAUGCGACGACUCAAAGGAUGAGAUGAAUCCCAAGCUGUGGGUGGCCCUCAGCGGGGGCAGGGUGGUUGUGUUCGAUGCCGCGAGCUGGUCCAUCCUCCAGGACGCUAUCCGUCUUGGCGAGUCACAGCUGAACUGCAUGUUGGGAUUGGUCCAGGACCAGGUUUGGAUCGGCUCCCAGGACUCUGUCAUCUACAUCGUCGACGCUCACAGCUUGUCCUGCAGCAAACGGCUUACCGAGCACAGGAACGAGGUGACGGGACUCGCACUGGACGCAGGAAAUCAACACAGCAGUUCUGAGCUGUACUCAUGCAGCUGUGAUGGGACAAUCCUGCAGUGGGAUUCGUCCAGCUUGAAGGUGACGCGACAGUUUCACGUCAUCUGCGAGCAUCUCUCUUCCGUACAGAUCCACGGCGAUACGCUGUGGUGCUGCUGCAGUGACAGCAUUGUGGAACUGAAAAAGAGCGGGACGCCACAAAGGAGGCUGCUGCUACCUGAACACGUGCGAGGUCCGACAAGUGCACUCAGCAGCUUUAUUGUCAUUCCAGAGCGAGGGGAGCUCUGGACAGGCUUGGCUGACUCCGGCGACCUCUUCAUGUGGCACGCCGACGGCCAUAAAGCUGCUUUCAAGAAGAUCUCCCUGACAGGUUGCUCAGGGGUCACCUGCAUGAUCCGAGUCAAGGACCAGAUCUGGGUGGGCUGCCGCGGUGAGAGCAGCGUGGGAGGUCACCGCGAUGCUCAGCUGAGAGGGAGGCUGCUGGUGAUUCACCCGCAGACCCUGACGGUGGCAAAGGAGCUGCAGGCCCAUUCGGACAGCAUCCAGACGCUCUGCUCCGCGGAGGACCGCUACGUCCUGAGCGGGUCUGAGCGGCGUGACGGCAGAAUCGCCAUCUGGAGAGUAGAGUAGGAUGCAAAAUGGGGAAAACCGUCAACGAAUGAGGGACGUAAAUUACUUGAGGGUAGACUGCAGCUGAUGUUAUUCCCCAUUGUUUCCCAUGACAAGUUUAGUUUUACAUUUGCUAAACUGGAGGAGCAGAAACUAGCCCAAAAUAUGCUUGAAUAUAUGAUUGAAAAUCAUCUACUCAGUAGAUCUACACUAAACUGGUGUGACAAAGUUUAAAAUUCGUCAUUGCAUUUUGAAACGCUCACAGUUUUCCCUCCUCCCAAAUAUUCUGCCAAAGUUACUUAAAAACUCCAACUUUGUAAG